AUGAGAGGAGCGGACGCCGUCUCCUGCCACUCACACCACCCGGGACGUCACGGGCUUGUAGAAAAUAUACGAAGUAAUUAUGGGGAGAUUUUCUCUAAUUCGUUCUCUUUACACACCGCUCAAGAGCCUCUGAGCGCUCAAGAGCUUCUAUCCGCUCAAGAGCCUCUGAGCGCUCAAGAGCUUCUAGCCGCUCAAGAGCCUCUGAGCGCUCAAGAGCUUCUAGCCGCUCAAGAGCCUCUGAGCGCUGAUGAGCCUGUGGCCGCUCAAGAGCCUCUGAGCGCUUAUGAGCCUGUGGCCGCUCAAGAGCCUCUGAGCGCUUAUGAGCCUGUGGCCGCUCAAGAGCCUCUGAGCGCUCAAGAGCUUCUAGCCUCUCAAGAGCCACUAGCCGCUCAAGAGCCACUAGCCGCUCAAGAGCCUCUAGCCGCUCAAGAGCCUUAG